AUGGCCUCCCGCACAGCUCUCCGGAGCAUCUCUCGCUCGUUCAAACCAUCCAUCUGCUCCGACCGUGUCGCUGGCGUCUUCUCCCGCGUCGCCGAGUUCUACGAUAAGAUGAGCGACCUUAGGUCCCUAGGCAUUCAUCGAUUGUGGAAGGAGCAUUUCAUCUCUUCCCUCAAUCCCGGCGCCACAAACCCUCCCGGCCAACCCCAGCGCAUCCUCGACGUCGUUGGCGGCACGGGAGACAUUGCCUUCCACCAUCUGCAAGACUCCCACGAAUUCAACGGCAACCCUAGCGUGCACGCCACCAUCUGA